AUGCCGCAAAGUAUUAUACGUGGGAUAAAUCUACGAAAUGAAAUAAAGGGUUUCUCCAGCAGUGUUUUGGGGAUCGGAACGGAUGUAGUAUAUCUUCCUAGAUUCCAGAGAUUAAUACUCAAGUAUGGGUCUCCUGGGGAUGGUAAACGGCUGGAUAGAAUCAUGAGUAAGUUCAUGCAUGCUAGGGAACUAUCGAGGUAUCAGGAAUUACUUCAAAACCACAAAAGCAGUUUGCCGCUGAUCCACUAUGCAGCAGGUGUGUGGGCUACAAAAGAGGCAAUUUACAAAACCUUGGCAUCUCAGGUACCUGUUAAUAUGAUGCCUCCGGCUCAAACGAUCUACACCAAACUUUGUUACAAGCUCAAUGGCUCGACGGGCGCUCCUAAAAUUGAGAUUGAUGACACACUGAUGACAAAAUACCCGAAAUUUAUGCUUGAAAACAUUAUAAAUACAAAAUUUCUUGUGAGCCUGUCUCAUGAUGAGAAGUAUUUGGUUAGCUUUGUUUGCCAGUCGAAGAUUGGUCCUCCUGAAAUUGCCAAGAAUUGCCCUAAGUAA